CUUUCUUCGCUGCCUGCCGAGAAGGCACAACUCGACAAAAACAAAACUCGUAGCCACGAAACGCUCAGCACUGCUCAUUCUCUCUUCUCUGGUGGUCUGGCACGACUGUCAGGCAGGGGUCACGCUUGAGGCUUGUGAAGUUCGUGAGGUGAGACCUUAGGUCUCAAGGAGGUCACGCGGGGGACGUCCUUUGAGUGCGGGUGAAGAAUAGAAGGCUCAGACUCGGCACAGACGCGGCACAAAGCCGCAGACAUGGCCGCAAUAGUGCGCGCCCGCAGCCACCAGGUCGGUCUGGGUGAGCCGAAUGGAGGUCCACGCCAGCGGGCAGACCAGCACAAACCCGAAUCCCACCAAUCUGGAAAAUGUCGGGCUAUCUCGGGCAACCUCGCCUAAAAGACAGAAAAAGAACUCAAAUCUGGACGUGCCGCGAUGCGGACUGGAGCCGGGCGGCGACUGGCGAGCGAGCGGGCUGUGGCCGGAAGACAGGAAGGGCGGUCCGGCGCGGGCUCGCGCGGGACAAGGGUGGCGAAUGGGCAGCAGCGGACGCGUCUCACGGCUGGCAGCGGCCGUAACUGGGUAUUCAGGCGGUGCCAGGCUGAGGCGGGUGCUGCAGCCGCUCGUUGCGGCGAGCGAGGGCGCAUCGCUCGGCGGGAGCGAUGCGGGCACGGCUGGCUUCGCGAGCAAUAGGCGCCGCGGGGAUCCAGGCGUGUAGCUUGCGGCGGCACCGGAGGUGCGAUGCGGCGGGGGUGGCACCUUGGGCGGAACAAGGCGUCA